AUGAGCUCGGCCACGGACCCCGCCUGGGCGCCCAGAGCCCCCCAGGGCCAGGGGCCGCGCUUCCCGCCCCCCGCCCCCGCCCCCGCCGCCUCCGGGAAGCCCCUCACGCCCUUCAGCAUCGCCGACAUCCUGGGCAAGACCCCCGGCGGAGAACGGGGAGAAAGAGGGGCCCGGAGCGGGGGUCCCUCGCCCGCCCCCUCCCCGCGCAGCCCCGGGCCCGCCUCGCCCCUCUGCGCCCUCGAGCAGCUCGCCAGCAAGACCUUCCGCGCCCUCGAGGGAAGCCCCCUCCUCCAGGCCGCCAGCAACGGGCGCGACCCCCUCUCUGCCCUGGUGCCCCGCCCGGCGGCCAAGAAGCGCCGCAAGUCCCGCACGGCCUUCACCAACCAGCAGAUCUUCGAGCUGGAGAAGCGCUUCGUCUUCCAGAAGUACCUGUCCCCGGCGGACCGCGACCACCUGGCCGCCCAGCUGGGCCUCAGCAACGCCCAGGUCAUCACCUGGUUCCAGAACCGGCGCGCCAAGCUCAAGCGCGACCUCGAGGAGAUGAAGGCCGACGUGGAGUCGCUCAAGAAGCUGCCCGCCGACGCCCUCCAGCGCCUGGCCCGCCUCCCCGACGAGACCCCCGCCCACGCCCACGCCCAGGGGGGGCCCAAGGGGGGCAAGGCGCCCGGGAGGGGCACGGACCCCCACCCCCAGGACGCGCUCUCCGACGGGGAGGACGAGGAGGAGGAGGAGGAGGAGGAAGACGAGGAAGAAGAGGAGGAGGAGGAGGAGGAGGAAGAGAUCGACGUCGGGGACUGAGCGGCCCCCUCCCCUCUCCACGCCUCUCCAACCCACUCCCACGCCUGACUCCAUGGCUCUCAUCUUCAAAAAAAGAGGGGGGAUCAGUGCAAUUUUCCCCAUCACCCCCCUCCUGACUCCCCUCUCCUCCCCGUCGUCCUGUCUUAGUGGUCGUGGAUAAUAUCCCUGUCUCGCGUGUGCGUGUCUUGGACCUUUCCACUCGUGACCGUGGGUGAGGGAGAGUGGGUUUCCCCUUUUGGACACUUAAGGAGGCGUGGGGAGGGGUGAAGAAGCCCCCUCCCCCCGAUUUCGGCACAUUCCCACACACCCACGCGUGACAAAGGGGAGGGGGCAACUGGAGACCCCCCCUCCUCACCCCGCCCCGCCCUCUGCCGUGUGCGCGUGUAUAUACUUGGAAUAAAAAGGACACA